GAGAGUGCCAGUCCUGAGAGAGUGCCAGUGCGCGCAGGUCCAGCACCAGUGCCACUGCCAAGAGGCGCCACCUCCCGCACCCCUCAAACAUUCUGUCGUGGUGGAGGAGUCAGCAAGGGUGCCACUACAGGCACUCAGGUGACCCUAGUGAGGGGCACCUCUGUGGCACACACCCCAGGCUCCGAGAGGAGGAGGGGUGUGAGAGAGAGAGGAUAGCAGGAUAGCAGGAUAGCAGGAUAGCAGGAUAGCAGGAUAGCAGGAUAGCAGCCCGUGCUGUCUCUUGACCCACAGUAUAGUGAUAUAUUGACCUCUGUAACCACAGGGUGUACCAACAGUUUCAGAAAAGUGUAUUAAGAAAGUUAAGAGAGAGAGAGAGGAGAAAGUUACGAGAGAGGGAGAGAGUCAGUUGUGUAAACAAAGUUACUCGUGACUGUAAGUGUGUCACACACCUGGAGGACUAGAGGAAGCUCGUGGAGAGACUAGAGGGGUUGGGACACAGGAUACGCGGAGAGAGGAAGUACAUAGACACGUUGAGAUAAAGAUAGGAGAGAAGAAGAGAGUCAGUAAAGGGAGGAACUACAAGUGUGGUGGGGGAUACUGUGAAGGAGAUGGUCGCUCACAAAGUUAUGGCACUUAUUUAGUGGAUUCGGGUCUUACCAGCCGGCCAGCCAGCCGGCCUCCACACAGCCGGCCUCCACCCAGCCGGCCUCCACCCAGCCGGCCUCCACACAGCCGGCCACAACUCUUCCCUCAUGUCAUACACCAGCAUUAUGUAUGACCUGUAUGACAGCGGGAGCAACAAGUCAGGAAGCAGCGGGUACUACAUGACCCACUCCUUCCCCCCCGGCACCCCCCAGGCCGCUGGCGCCGGCGUCGCCCCCAUCCCCAGGGGGCCACGACCCCCGUACUCCGCAGCACCCGGCGUGGCGCCCCCGAAACCGCAGCGGUACGCGGGCGGGCCCCAGGGGCCAGCGGGCGGGCCCCAUGGGCUGAUGGGGGUGAAGGGCGGCUUGCGGCCCUCGGCGCCCCCGCCAGGGCCCCCUACCGGGCCUGCUGACGGCCCCCGUCCACAACACAACAUGGCGCGCUCCUACUCCUACUCCUCCUCGUCUGAGGGCCUCGACCUGCUGUACUCCUCGCAGGAAAGGAUGUUGGCAGACGGGUACCUGUCGUCGCCUGAGCGCUCCCCGCGCCCUUACAGCAGCAGUGGGGGCGGCUCCACCUACAUCACACCCACGCCCAGCUACGAGGACCCUUACUACGGCGGCCAGUACGGCUCCCGCUCCGGCUCCGUCACUCCUAUCAUCGACGAGGAGGCCAGGUCUGCCUUCUACAGCAUGCGGGUGGAACAAAUGGAACGGCAACUGGCAUCACUGACAGGGCUGGUGCAGAAGGCAUUGCACACAGGUGUGGCCAGUUCCCCACGCCCAGAGAUAAUCCCCCUGGCACCCCCUCCUGCCGUAGUAGCCGCAGCAGCUGCUGCCGCCGCUGCUGCCGCUGCUGCUCAAGCCACUACAGAGAGAGAGGCAACGCCCACCAACAGGAAUUCCAACGACUUCCUUCAGGUUCCUACUAGCUCUUCCUUCUCCAAGGGUUCAGACGACACUUAUCUACGACCAGACACAAAGCCGCCAAAAUUAGGAAGGGGUAGAGAAAAGUCAGUCUCGUUUGAAAAAUCCGUGUCAUUCAGUGACGAUCUUCCAGAUUUGAGUACGCCGCCUAAACAACAUGUUCCUGCAGCUGAGAAACAGCCUAUCAAGCCGGCCAUCAAGUGCUCAACUCUCCCACGGAUGUCUUCCCAAGACUCGUUGAGAAAUUUUGAAGAGCCGUUGCGACCAAGCAAGCCCGCUCCUUCGCCUAAGCCACUACCGCCUCCCAAACCACCCAAUUUGAUGCUCACUCGUCCAUCUCUCUCGCUACAGAAUUCGACAGACUUACGCCUCUCCCCCGAAGUUUAUAACCAACUUCGGGUGCUACAGAAGAAGGCUAAGGAGCUUAGAACUGAUGUUAGAAAUCUCAGAAAGACAUCACAGGCUAAUGCGUUGACUAUGAAAGAAAUUCUUCGGGACACUGUCACCAAGAUAACGACGCUGCUACAGUCCAACGAGGCGUGUUUACUGCAGGGGUCAGCGGACGCGGAGAGGGUCAGGAUACAGCGUGAGGAGGCCUCAUACAGGCAAGAUAUGACCAAACUGGAUAAGGAUCUCUGUGACUUGGAGUUGAAGGUUGAGGAGCUACGCAACAAUGUCAUAAAUAGGCGACUACGUGUUAAUAUGUCCGAUGUAGAAAAUAUGGCAUUAAUAUUAUCUAGAUCAAGUAAAACAGUAGCUGACCUGAAAGCAAAAUUUCCAAUACUUCAAGAUGGUCUAAAAGGUCUUAUAUCUGCUGAAAUGGAAAAAGCCAUUUGUAAUGAAAAGUUCCUGAAAGAAGAGCCUGAUAAAUUGGAUAGUGCACUUCGGCGUUGUAAGAAGCUCACUGGUACCUUAGUAACGCUUAAGAGAUAUGUAUCUGCCACCAGGUUAGCCUCGGUGCAGGAGCAACGAGUUCCUCCUAAUGUUCCUGGUGGAGGUCCAAUUGUUGGUGUAGCCAAUGGUGAUCCUAGAGCCUCCUCUCCUACGCCUGCAGAAGAUGUACGGGCAUCAUCAGCUAAGCAGCCCGGUGUUGUCGCGGGCCCUCACCUGGCAUCCACCGCCGGAGUCGGAGCCAAUGGACAGCCGCGCCUACGUGCAGAGAACGCACUCGACGCUUUGUUAGACGAACUGCAGACCUUUGCCCGGCCACCAUCAGAAGCCAGUAGUCGCAAAAGUAGUGUGGAUGUGACCCCUGCAACACCCCUGGCCACUGUUGCACCUGCCUCCUUCACUGUCACUUCCACCCUUACUACCAGCACUGGAGUCAGGCGUCUACCAUCCUUUCCCAGCUCAGACUCUCAGUCUUCCCCGGUCAAGACACCUGCAACUGUGUUUCCUGGGGCAUCCAGCACUCUCCCAAGGGCUGCCAGUCAGGCACCCCCUCCCCCACCUCGAGAUGAGCACCGCCUCAGUUUCACAUCAACCACAUCAUCAGGUUCAGCUAGGUCAUCACCACGAGGAAGUAUAAGUGGAGAAUUACACCGUUUACCACCACCACCACCUCCACGUACAUCCUCUAGGUCACCAAUGCUGUCACCAUCAUCACCUAUAAGUCCAGCUCCAAGAUCAGCAUCAGUACCUCCAGGUGGCAUUGUGGCCACAAUGGUGGGUGGGGUGCUGAGGAAUGCUGAAGGUCGUGAACUGUAUGGUCCUGUGCUGCGUCAGCGGCCUCCACUAGGGCGGGGUUCAUUUAGUGAAGAAUCUACAGCUUCGUCUGCCUCCACUAAUAGUUCCACUAGUAGUGCUAAGGCAGGCCAGCUAUCCUCCAAUAGCAGCAGCACAGAGAGUGUCAAUUCUCAGGAAGGUGCAGCAGUGUCACGUCAGCAAAAUACCAGUAAUGUGCCUCCAACACCACCACCCAAACAGAGGCAAGAAAAUCUGGAGCAAAGACACCUGGAGCUUUUGAGGCGGCAGAAGCAGCUACAAGAACAAUACCAGAGGUUACAGUCACUGCAGAGGUCAGGAGGCCGUCCAACACCUUCAAAUAUAGACCUAAAAAAAACAGGGAGUGAAAGCAACUUGACAGCACGGUUGGGGCUGUCUCUGGCUCCUGCAGCACACGGGUCUCUUUCCAACCUCACUUCCCCCACCCCGUCACAUGUCUGCAACACAAACACCCUCCCCAAUCCUAAGACCUCUUCUGCCAUUAGCACAGGCGGUGGUGACACUCAUCUAACCACCAAACGCAGUAGUGGAGGCUUAGUCGAGACAGACAUUCUCUGAAGUGAAGUACGUCUAUUGAUAGGCCAAACAUGACGAAGUCCUUCCCUCUCUAACAGGAUUAGGAAAUGUAAAUAUGUAAAGUUUAUACAUACAUAAGAACUGCCAGCAGAAAUAAUUAAGGAAAAUUUACCUUGCAAUAUACGCUUCUUUUAGGACUCAUUUUGCAUCGUUUGACAAUGCAUAAUUUUUUGUCAUGGUUAUUUAGAAGUUGAUCUGUCAAAACAAAUCAAAACCUUUUUGCCUACAUGUUUUCUUAGAUAAACCAAGAGUAAGUUUUUGUUUUUUUUUUAACUUAGAGUUGAGACCCCAAAAUGUCAGAUACAACUAUUGCUCAACACCCAGGACAUGAAAGGCUCUCAUAUAUGAAAGCUUCAGUUACAGCUUUUCUCUGGGCUGACAUUGUACAUCAGACAGCAUUCUUGGCAGGCUGAAACUAUGCAUUAUAAAGUAGUUUUAUCAUGUUAAAACUAAAAUCAGAGGAUGAAUCUGACAAACCUGUUGAUAAGCUGUAACUAGAGUUUUCAUGAACUGUAAAGAAGUGCUAAAAUUAUGUUAAGAUGUUUGCAAGUCUGUGAUCUUAGGGUGGCUGCCUUGUGGUUGUCAUUAUUUCACACUUCAAUUUCAUAUAUCAUAUCAGUAAGGAAAGGAAACCUUAUAUAAUGAAAAUAUGGUAAGUAAGUAUCAGUCUGAGCACUCCUAGUGUGUAAUAUCUCAAUACUGUAAUUUGAGUAAUAAAUACUGGUGAAACCUUGUCAAUUAUUAUAUUUAGUGAAGCAGACAUUUUCAAAGUCAAUUCUGACGAUAUAAGUAUAAUAAGAAUUAAAUUUUACAGUACUUAUUUUAUGUAAAAUAUAUUUAAAGAACCCAAAAUACAGGUUACAAGAGUCAAAUUCAAAUGAUCAAAUUUUGAUUAGUUAAAAUAAAAAAUGUGAGAUACAGUUCUGUGUUUUACCAUGCGAUAUUGCUGUCAAUGACUGAUACUUGACUAAUCAUUUUCAAUAUAACUGAUUUUAAUUAUAAUUAAAUUUUUAAACAUCAAUUUUAAUAUA